AUGGGCAAGUCUUGCACUUCAUCUAUAGAGCAACUGACUACUCUCUGCUCCAAAGGACUCAUCAAACAAGCAUUUGACACCUUCAAAUCUGAGUUACUUUCAGACCCAUCUAUCUUCUCCCACCUCCUCAAAGCAUGCAUACCCACAAAGUCACUCUCCCUCUCAAAACAGCUCCACUCUCUGCUCAUCACAUCUGGGUGCUCCUCAGACAAGUUCGCAUCCAAUCACCUCCUCAACUUGUACUCCAAAAUCGGAGACUUGCAAUCAGCUUCGGCUCUGUUUCGGCAUCUGCCGAGGAGGAACAUCAUGUCUGGCAACAUUUUGAUCAAUGGGUUCGUGCAGAUAGGCGAUUUGGAGAGUGCCCAGAAGGUGUUUGAUGAAAUGCCUGAGAGAAAUAUGGCGACUUGGAACGCCAUGGUGACGGGUCUGGUGCAGUUUGAGUUCAAUGAGGAGGGUUUGGAGUUGUUUAAGGGGAUGCAUGAGUUGGGGUUUUCGAUGGAUGUGUUCACAUUGGGUAGUGUUCUUAGGGGGUGUGCGGGUUUGAGAGUGGUGAAUGCUGGGUGUCAGGUUCAUGGUUAUGCUGUGAAAUGUGGGUUGGAGUUCAAUUUGGUUGUUGGGAGUUCUUUGGCUCAUAUGUAUAUGAGGUCUGGGAGGUUGGUUGAAGGAGAGAAGGUGAUUAAAUCAAUGCCGAUUCGCAAUGUGGUUUCUUGGAAUACACUGAUUGCAGGGAAAGCGCAAAAUGGGCAGUCCGAGGGAGUGUUGGAUCAGUAUAACAUGAUGAAAAUCGCAGGGUUUAGACCUGAUAAGAUCACUUUUGUGAGUGUGCUUAGUUCGUGUUCUGAAUUGGCAACACUUGGGCAGGGUCAGCAGAUUCAUGCUGAAGUGAUUAAAGCUGGGGUUAGCUCGGUUGUUGCGGUGAUAAGUACGUUGAUUACCAUGUAUUCUAGAUGUGGGUGUCUUGAGGAUGCUCUCAAAGCUUUCUGGGAAUGUGAAGGUGCAGAUGUUGUGCUGUGGAGUUCUGUGAUUUCUGCAUAUGGGUUUCAUGGACGGGGAGAAGAAGCGAUCAAGCUGUUUGAACAGAUGGAACAGGAAGGUUUUGAGGCAAAUGAUGUUACUUUCUUGAGCUUGCUCUAUGCCUGCAGUCAUUGUGGGAUGAAGGAGAAAGGACUCGAAUUAUUUGACUUAAUGGUACAGAAGUAUGGGCUGAUACCUAAACUAGAGCACUAUACAUGUGUGGUUGACCUUCUUGGCCGGUCGGGCUGUUUGGAGGAAGCGGAGGCAAUGAUAAGAUCAAUGCCUGUGAAAGCAGAUGCUAUCAUAUGGAUUACUUUGUUAUCUGCAUGUAAAAUCCACAAAAAUGCAGACAUGGCAAGAAGGAUAGGUCAAGAUGUUCUUAGGCAAAAUCCAGAGGAUUCAGCUUUAUAUGUUCUACUUUCAAACAUCCAUGCUUCAGCCAAAAGAUGGGAGGCUGUUUCUGAGGUGAGAACAGCCAUGAGAGAUAGAAAGGUCAAGAAGGAGCCAGGUAUAAGCUGGCUGGAAAUAAAGAAUAAAGUCUACCAGUUUCGUAUGGGUGAUAAUUCCCAUCCACAAUAUAUGGCGAUUGAUUUGUAUCUUAAAGAACUGAGGUCAGAGAUGAAGUUGCAUGGCUAUGUGCCUGAUACUGGUUCAGUUUUGCAUGACAUGGAUAAUGAGGAGAAGGAAUACGAUUUGGCACAUCAUAGUGAGAAGUUGGCAAUUGCUUUUGGUUUAAUGAACACUCCGGAAGGUGUACCAUUAAGGGUGAUGAAGAACUUGCGUGUAUGCAUCGAUUGUCAUGUUGCUAUUAAGUACAUAUCCCAGAUUAAAAACAGAGAAAUCAUCGUUCGCGACGCUAGUAGAUUUCAUCACUUCAAGAAUGGGAAGUGUUCUUGCGGAGAUUACUGGUAAAGGAAGGUUAUACUGUACCACAACCACUGAGCCAAAAAAGAACCUUCCAUG